AUUUCCUGGCAUCAACAGACUGUAAAAGCAAAGUGCUAGACAGCAUUUAGAACCCAGAAUUCUGCAGUUGUGCACCUUGCACAGCUAGAAACUUUGCAAAACAAGCGUUAACCCUGCCGGCUGGAACUAUUUUAAGCUUCCUUGUUGCAUAGGGGACAGAGUAGACUGGAGGACGAAGGCUGGGAUGUUGUCAACAGGGAAGCAAUGCAGAUUGAGCAAGAGCAUCAGAAAUAAAGUCGUUUUGAGGAUGAAAAUAAUGAAGUCACCUGCAAUAUGAAAGACAAAACGAACUUGCUGGAAUUAUUGGCCAGCAUUGCACUGACUCAGCAGGUAUGUAUAUUUUAUACACAAGAGAUACAGAGGUGUUUGUGUGUUCCACUGAUUGUUGAAUAUUACUCCAAUAUUAUUAAUUAUUUUAAUUGUCUGAAUUAUCAUGUCUACGAUGAAUACUAUUAUUUAAUGCUUUCUCAAGUCCAUAUAAACCUUCAUGUGUGCUUGCAUAUAUUGGGUAUGCUUGUAGACAGAAAAGAAAACACUUCUAUUGUCUUCAUGCUGCGCUGUCUACGCUGAUUAAAGGGUUAAUUGCCAGUAGAUGAUCUCAUCCUAGAAAGAAAAGUGCAGAAUCACAUUAAAAGGCCUCUAAUAAUCUCUGUAUCUACAGUGACAGAUUCCAGUAGGCCCUGGUGGUACAGCUGCACAAUGUCCUGUCAUUGUCCUCCAGUUUCUUAACCCUUUAUAUAAAGCUGUCAUAUACUUGUACAUGUGAUCACAAAUUCUUUGUUGUGUUUUGGUUUUAUCCUUUCUUGAGAUGAUUUUUCUUUUUGUGUUAUCAUUCUAUUCAAAUUCAGGUUCAAUUUAAGAAUCUUCCCCAGUUACAAGAGACUGGCAUUCUAAUCCAGACAAGGCUCAUUUUACUGUUUAAAAUGACACAGCACCUUAAACCAAAAGUCCUUUGAAUUGACUUAACACCAUUAAUCGUGCCAUACAUUCACGAAUCAAUCAAAUCAGCAUGCCAGUAUGGCAAUUAAAUAUUCAUAAGAGUGAGCAUGUAGAAACACCAUUUAUCAUUUUAUUAUUAAAAGUGCCAACAUGCCCCCCAGGUCUGUGCUCCUGAAUUAGGUAAACAGGUGAAAUGUUACAUUGAAUUAUAUAUAUCGGUUCCUGAUUACUUAAAAGUCUAAAGGGAGUUCCAGUCAGACGAUAAAAUAGUAUAAUGCAAAAUAAAUAUAACAUCUGUCAUUAAAAUAAAUAAAUACAAAAGCCUUAAUUUGAGAUGUCCAAAAGAACAUUACAUGUGGGUAAUCUACUGUAAUUCUGUUGAUAUUGAUACAUAUGAAAUUUUCUUUUCUUUGUUAAAAUACCAGCAUAAUUCUGCGGUAUUGUACUAAAUUUACAGAUCAUAUACAAGGGGACAGAAUUCAACACUGAAAAAGAAUAUGUAGAGAUUACUUCUCACUAGGUAUUAAAAACAGAAGGCAUUAGGUAUUGAAAACCGUAAGGUAGUUAUGUUUGUGUAUGUUUGUUUUAUAUGAUCAAAAACAUGUUCGGUAGCUCGUUCUGUAAAUUCUUUUGAUGUUAUUUAAUUAUUUCAAAAUAUUAGUGUCACAAGGCUUAGGGCAUAUUCUAAUAUUGUUUUGAGGAGAAUUUCCCAGCACUCAGAUCCCGCUGCCUGCAUGGGGUGUUACAAUUAUUAUUUUCACUUUCUCUUUAUCAAUACAAAUAAUAUGCAAUGCCGUAUGCUGAUCUAUAACAAGAUUGGGCUGUGACAAUUGGAGUCACUUCUGUACCACUGAAUCGAAGAAAGGGAUAUCGCUAAGGUGAGAUAUUUGGAUAUAUUAAACCGUUACCACUACUUUCAGUUUGGGGGGAGAGGAUGUCAGUGCACUCCAAGCACCAUAAUGACUACAUAUUACAAAAUGCUAUUACUGUUUGCUCAGAAUCUAUACUCUUUGAUUUUGGACAAUGAUGACUUAUUGCAGAAAAAAAACAUUUAAACGAAGUGCACAAAUAAACUGUACAUGUUAUGUCAUAUGGUCAGUUUGAUUCCUUCUGUGGUCCUUGGUAAACAAAACAAUUUAAUUCAACAUUUUUUUUUUUGUUUGUUUUUUUUUUGUCAAAUUAAUUAGAUCUAUACCCAGAGUCUAAAUAUACAAAAAUAAUUCAUCUGAAUUCAAGCACUGGAAAUGAAUGUAUUAUUUAUUUAUUUAUUUAUUUAUUUUAAUAUGUUCCUAUUUUAUUUUAGCUUGACAGCCACUAGUAGGUAUGGAAAAUGCAAGAUGUAAACAGUGCCUUGUCUCAGAAAUUACUGUUAUUUCUUAAAUGACUGCAGGGACAGCAUCUGUGCCCCAAGAUCACUUAUUUAAAGGGAUACUCCAAGCUUUAUAACUACACUGCUCAAAAAAAUAAAGGGAACACAAAAAUAACACAUCCUAGAUCUGAAUGAAUUAAAUAUUCAUCUGAAAUACUUUGUUCUCUACAUAGUUGAAUGUGCUGACAACAAAAUCACACAAAUUAAAAUAAUUUUUUCAACCCAUGGAGCUCUGGAUUUGGAGUCACACUCAAAAUUAAAGUGGAAAAACACACUACAGGCUGAUCCAACUUUGAUGUAAUGUCCUUAAAACAAGUCAAAAUGAGGCUCAGUAGUGUGUGUGGCCUCCACGUGCCUGUAUGACAUCCCUACAAUGCCUGUGCAUGCUCCUGAUGAGGUGGCCGAUGGUCUCCUGUGGGAUCUCCUCCCAGACCUGGACUAAAGCAUCUGCCAACUCCUGGACCAUCUGUGGUGCAACGUUACGUUGGUGGAUGGAGCGAGACAUGAUGUCCCAGAUUUGCUCAAUUGGAUUCAGGUUUGGGGAACGGACGGGCCAGUCCAUAGCAUUAAUGCCUUCGUCUUGCAGGAACUGCUGACACGCUCCAGCCACAUGAGGUCUAGCAUUGCCUUGCAUUAGGAGGAACCCAAGGCCAACCACACCAGCAUAUGGUCUCACAAGGGGUCUGAGGAUCUCAUCUCGGUACCUAAUGGCAGUCAGGCUACCUGUGGCGAGCACAUGGAGGGCUGUGCGGCCCCCCAAAGAAAUGCCACACCACACCAUUACUGACCCACUGCCAAACCGGUCAUGCUGGAGGAUGUUGCAGGCAGCAGAACGUUCUCCAUGGCGUCUCCAGACUCUGUCACGUCUGUCACAUGUGCUCAGUGUGAACCUGCUUUCAUCUGUGAAGAGCACAGGGCGCCACUGGCGAAUUUGCCAAUCUUGGUGUUCUCUGGCAAAUGCCAAACGUCCUGCACGGUGUUGGGCUGUGAGCACAACCCGCACCUGUGGACAUCGGGCCCUCAUACCACCCUCAUGGAGUCUGUUUCUGACCGUUUUGAGCAGACAAAUGCACAUUUAUGGCCUGCUGGAGGUCAUUUUACAGGGCUCUGGCAGUGCUCCUCCUGUUCCUCCUUGCACAAAGGCAGAGGUAGCGGUCGUGCUGCUGGGUUGUUGCCCUUCUACGGCCUCCUCCACGUCUCCUGAUGUACUGGCCUGUCUCACACAAAUUAAAAUAAUUUUUUCAACCCAUGGAGCUCUGGAUUUGGAGUCACACUCAAAAUUAAAGUGGAAAAACACACUACAGGCUGAUCCAACUUUGAUGUAAUGUCCUUAAAACAAGUCAAAAUGAGGCUCAGUAGUGUGUGUGGCCUCCACGUGCCUGUAUGACAUCCCUACAACGCCUGUGCAUGCUCCUGAUGAGGUGGCCGAUGGUCUCCUGUGGCAUCUCCUCCCAGACCUGGACUAAAGCAUCUGCCAACUCUUGGACAGUCUGUGGGGCAACGUGACGUUAGUGGAUGGGAGUCCAUAGCAUCAAUGCCUUUGACUUGCAGGAACUGCUGACACACUCCAGCCACAUGAGGUCUAGCAUUGUCUUGGCACCAUGGCCACUUCUAAACAACUUUAGCUUGAUAAAGCCGUUUUGAUGUAAAGAUCAUGCUCCUGCAAUCUUGCUGCUGAAUUCACAGACGAUUAGGAGAUAAAUCACUUUUGUUUAUGCAGCCCUAGCCAUGCCUUCCCUGCUGUGAUUCACACUGACUACGUUAAUACAUUAUUUAAUUGUCAAUCAUAUCUUCUAAAUUAAACACUAUGUAAUAUAGAAAAAAACAUUAGACUUAUUUUGUCGGAAGUGUGUGGGGAGACUGUGUGAGUCACAACAAAGGGAAAAGUGGCGAGGACUGCAUAAACAAAGUGAGCGAUAGAGCAGUGAGAUUGCAGGCACAUGUCCAAUACACCAAAACCACUUAAUUAAGCUAUAGCUGUUUUGGUGCUUAGAUUGUUCCCAUAGUGAUGAAACUUUAACUUUUGCACUACAUGAUAUCUAACUAAAAUGUAGUAUUCAUUUUUUUUUUUAUUAAUUUUGUUUUCAUUUAGUUUCUUUGUCAUACACCCAUACAGAGAAAAAGAAAGAAAAAAAAAAUGUUAAUCAUACAAUUGAAUGCAGUUUGACUGUAGGGAUAACUUGAGUUAAACUACUUGUCUGAUUAUCGUUAAAUCACAAAGUUUUAAGUAGUGCUAAUACAUUUUGAGUCAAGUAACCAUGGAACCAAAACCAUCUCCCUGUGGCAAACUUGCUGUCCUGGGCUGGAGCCCCGAGUCGGCUCCUGGAAAUUUCCUGGUCAGAUUUGGAUUGCAUCUGCAUCUGCAAUUAGAAUUGUUAUCUAUGUCUCAAAAUUACAUUUAAGUUACACCUCCAAUUACAAAUAUUUAAGUAAUCUCUGAUCAUCUCAAUUAUGUAAUUACACAUUGAAUAAUUAUAAAAUUAGUUAAUAAAAGAGAUGCACAGUUUAAAUAGCAAACAAAGGGGCAACAAAAUGAAACAAUAUGCUGAUGACCCUGAUUCCGGUCUAUAAUCAGUGUUAGGCCGAAAACUGAAAAUGACUUUUUUCACCAAAUGAUUUUGAUGGGAUAGGCCUAUUUUCCACUGAAAAUUUCAGUGCAUCCCUACAGGCUAUGUUGUGAAAUCACAGACACACAUUACAGGCUAUGCUGUAUAAUCACAGCCAGACACACAUUACAGGCCAUGUUGUGCAGUCACAGACAAAAAAACAAGUAGCACAAAAUAAGAAACCCAAGAAGUUUACCUAUUAGGAUCUACCGUAUAUACUCGAGUAUAAGUCGAGUUUUUCAGCACAUUUUUGUGCUGAAAAACCCCCACUCAACUUAUACUUGAGUUAAUGUCUGUAUUAUGCCAAUUUACAUUGCCAAAAUACAGACCAGGACCGCCGGGCUCAUUACAAGCCCGGCGGUCCUGUUGGGGGCUGACAGUGAGUGGUUACUUACCUUCCUGCAGCUCCUGUCAGCUCCCUUCUCCUCUGUGCAGCUCCUCUGUCAGCUCCCACUGUAAGUCUCGCGAGAGCCGCGGGGUCACCGCGGCUCUCGCGAGACUUACAGUGGGAGCUGACAGAGGAGCUGCACGGAGGAGAAGGGAGCUGACAGGAGCUGCGGGAAGGUAAGUAACUGCUCACUGUCAGCCCCCCCUCCUACACAGCCCAUACACUGGACCACCAGGGAGUGAGAGCCCCCCUCCCUGGCAAGCUAACAAGCAGGGAGGGGGGACGAAAACUAAAAUAAUUAAAAAAAAUACAAUAAAAAAUAUUAAAAUAAAAAAUGUAUAAUAAAAAUGCCCUCCUCCCACCCAGUUCACACAAACACACACUCUGCAUUAUAUAUACACACACUCAUACAAACAAUCUGCAUUCUACACACACUCAUACAAACACACACACACUCUGCAUUAUAUACACACAGUGUGUGUGCGUAUAUAAUGCAGAGUGUUUGUAUGAGUGUGUGUGUAGAAUGCAGAUUGUUUGUAUAAUGCAGAGUGUGUGUGUAUAUAAUUCUAAAAAUCACAGAAUUUCAUAGCCCCAAGUUUUACCCUCGACUUAUCCACGAGGCAUAGCAUAUUUCACAAUUGUUGGUCACAAAACUGCCCUCGACUUAUACAUGAGAUCGACUUAUACACGAGUAUAUACAGUACUUACUAGUCGGACAAUCCAGUUAUGUCCAAAUUGCUUAACACUAUACAGUUAAAUAUAAAGAAUUUCACCUUAUCCAUCACUACGUGGAUAAGUGGAGUCUGGCAUAGUGUAGUUAGUAUCUUAUAGUAAACUGAAUGAUAAUCCACUCUAAAUACACAAUAUGAUCACACCUCAAGUGCAAAAAAAAAAAAUAUUAGUGCUAGCCUUAUAAGGUAGCCAGGGGAAACUGGAGGUAAGACCAAAGGUACUAGUCUAGAGAAGUCACUAGACUAGUACCUUUUGGUCUUACCUCCAGUUUCCCCUGGCUACCUGCAAUGUAUUUUAUGUUUUAACCCCUUGUCUACCUUCCAGAUUGAUCUAUUGUCUGUAUAAAAGGUAACAGUUUCUGUGCUAAAAACAAACCUUUUUAAUAAAACUCACGUACUUGAGUUUUUAAGCACUACUUUGGAGGUCUUCUACAGAUAUUUACAGCUGUAACUUGGUAGAAGAGUAGCCUUAUAAGAUAGUACUUACCAGUAUUUAUUUUUUGCACUUAAGGUAUAUGUGUUCUGUGAUCAUACUGUGUAUUUAGAGUGGAUUAGCAGUCACAGACAGACAGACACAUUACAGGCUAGUUUUGCCCACUCCUAUCUCCUUGAGGAAUCUGUUCCGGUGUGCUAGAUUCUGAUUGGCUGCUCUAGUAUUUCCGGGUCUGAGGGUGUCGGUAAAGAUGGCGGCAGUCAGUGAGCAGUGGCUGGACCGGAAAUAGAAAAGGAGAAGCGCCUGGAGCUGGUACUCCAGGGUCUGGCUGUGGAUAAGAAGUUGCAGGCGUGUGGCGACCAGCUUCCCCCGGCUCUCUUCACCCUCUCCCUCAAUUAACUGGAGGUGAGCUGGUGCUCAGAGCUGCGAGAGCUGUCAGACGGCCUGGGCCUCCUCUCCCACAUGCAGAACCUGGUGCUGUGCCGCAAUAGGCUGCAGAGCAUUCCCCAGGCUGUUGGCAAGCUGAAGGCCCUCCGGGUGUUGCAUCUUUCCGGGAACGAGCUGAAGGAACUGCUGGCAGAGUUCACUCGGCUGUCUGACCUCUGCACCCUGAAUGUAAGCUGUAACCGGCUGUGGGGUAUUGUGCUGGCUACUAACUGGGCAUUGUGCCCUCUCAAAACAGGGAAGGGGGGGUGUAAUAUUUGGUCAAUAUGACCCUUUUUUGCUCGAAAUGGGAUAGGCCCAUUUUCGGCCGAGAAUUUCGGCAACCGAAAUUUCGAUGCAUCCCUAAUUUUUACUUACCUGUGCUGUACUAUGGACAGGGCCGCCAUCAGGGGGUGACAACCAUGAUGGUUGUCACGGGCAUGGCGGUCCUGGGGGGCCCAAACUGCUCUGGCAGUCCCAGGCCCCACUUUCCCUCUCUGCACACAUAGAUAGCGAAUAUCGCUAUCUAUGUGUGCAGCCGCGGGCUCCCGGCUCCCUGUUACUGCAGAGGGGGCCCAGCACACUGCCUGUUUUCCUCUCUUCUUUCUUCUAAUAACUCUCGCAGGACCCGCGGCCUUCUGAGCGUUGCCAUGGAAACGCGGCACACAGGCCGCGGGUCUCGCAAGAGUUAUUAGAAGAGUUUCUAUAAACUUCUAUGUUUAUAGAAAAAAAGGGGUUAAACCUAGCUGGACCUGGCACCCAGACCACUUCAUUAAGCUGAAGUAGUCUGGGUGCCUAUAGUGGUCCUUUAAGCAAUUUGCAACAACAUCUUUUCAGUUCUAAGCCAUAUAAGACCCAACCGAAAAAAAAUGUCAAUUAAGUGCCAAAAUAGAUAUUCCAUAAAGCCAUGGGGUACAGAUGUUUUAGGGGAAAUACAAAGCAUUCCUGUUACGAACAACGGUAGGACCAGAAUUGUCUGAGAAAUUGAUAUUAUUGAUCUAUAUAAAAAGCUGCAAAAAUGCCAAAAACUCAAAAGUAAGCACCUUGAUGUGUUUUGGUUUGUUUUUGUGUGUUUUUUCAUUAUACAUGCUUUUCUAACUUGUGCUUUAUAUUAUGUGAAGAGUGUGUCAUGUUUGUUUAUGUACAAAAAGUGCAGAUUUCAAUAAAUAUUGGCACUUUUAUAAUUUACCUGGUUACUCCCCCAGGUUGUCAAUCAAGCAAAAGGACUGUUACUUCCUUCCUUCCCUUCCCUUCCCUUCCCUUCCCUUCCCUUCCCUUUUUUUUUUAAAGCUCAGUUAGGCUAAAAAGAGGCAGCAAUUGCUCAGAACACCUGGCUUGCAAAUAUUUAUCAUUGAACUGCAUUGGGAAGUCUUUAAUUGGACAGUCACAGAAUGUCUAGGUGGGGGAAGAAGGGAACGGUUAGCACAGGCCUUAGACAACAUAUCUCAAACUUUUGCAAGCUAUUUUUGGUAUAUCCUCAAUAGAAAUAUGCAUAAUUAAAUGCAUUACAUUUUCAUUACAAUUUUCAUUGUACAUCUUCUAAACAGUGAUUUUUAUUUCUGCAGUGUAGUGUCCCGUUAACCCUGCAAUGUAAAACGUCAGUUACUGUGAUUAUUUAUUUAGUGCCAACAUUCAACAGUCCCUGUUGCAGGAUUAAAAUGACACCGCUGCACCCACACCGCCUCAUUGAGAUAAAGCGGCCUUGGUUAUUUUUAGUGGUCCUUUAAGCAUCUCUUAUGCUAUAUUCAGCAAAUUUGAGAAGUAUCAGUCAUUCUUGGGAACAAAGAAUAUCAUGACUAAUUGGUGGUGUCUGUAUGAGAUAUAUUUUCCUAUGGCACCAACUCUAUUUACUUUUAAGAAUUUGAGUGUUUGAGAUAGUCCCAAAGCAGUGCUUUGCAGUGUGUAGCAUACAUUUCUGGGACUGGAAGAGUUGCAGGGCCCACCCAUUGUAAAAAUACAGUUAGAUUAUCUUGACACGGCAGCGUCUGGUCCGUCAAUGAAUGGAUGCUUAACACUGCUCUUGUUGGUACCUGUUUCUGCUCUAUUAUGGCCAAGAUAACUUUGUCCAUCCUCUUUUAUUCUUCAUGCAUCAGCAAGCAGCAAUGAAGGGUGUCUAAACUCCUGCUGUGGUGGUGAGUGAAGCUUCACAAUGUACCGCUUCCUGGCAGAUGCUGUCAGAGGUAAUUGAGCAGAGAAACAAAGAUCUGUGACAGGAAGCAUACCUUAUCAAGCUUUCAGACCCCCCCCCCCCAUUCUAUCCCAAUGAUGAGUUCUCCAGAGUGAUCUCUGUGUUCACUGUCUGCUUUUUGUCUUUUGUUCUCUGUUUUCCUCCCAUAACCAUGAAGUUCACAGUUAAAGGUAUAUGUGUUGUUCUAGAAUCAUAAGAUAUGAGACAGAUGCAUGCAUAGUAAAAAGAGGGUUUUAUUCUCUAUUUAGUGACUUAAACAAUUGAGAUGGAAUUUCCAUCUUGUAAAAAUGCUCCAGUCUUUUUCCACCGAAAUGUGUUUUGGCUUUAAUGUGCUACUGUUUUGUCAGUGUACCAAAAGGUACUGUUUAGGGAAUUUGCUCCAGUCAGUGAAUCACCCAUUAAUUAUUGUAUGUAUGUUGUCAUGGAUAAGACAAACACAAAUGUUUUUACAAUGUUUCUCAACCUUUUUACAGAAAAGUACCCCUGCAGGCUUAAAUAAAUAUUCUUAAGUAUCCCUGCCUCGAGAAAGUAAUUUCUGUUGAUUUAAAUUUGAAAUGAGACGUGUAGACAUGGAUAUAUUGUUGAUCCAGGGUUUGACAAAUCCCAGACGACAGGUUGCCAUGGCGACCAGGACAUGUGUGCUGGUGCCUGGGAUUUGUGAGCGUGUUCAACCCCCAAGGUGACCGGCUGCCUGAAAGCAGAGGCUGGCAGUCGGAUCACAGAGGGCUGAGGCAGGCAGGCGGCUGACGGCGGGAGGGAGAAGGCCGGCUCAUGCAUUGUUGAAGGAGGAAGGGGGGCAGCGGGCUCAUCGAUUGCUGAGGGAGGUGGGCGGGUGGCUAACUUAGUGCUUCAGCGAAGGAGGGAGGUGUAAUCUCCCUGCUCUGCUCCCUUGUGCUCCUUGCAGUGAUGCCAGGAGCCGUGUUAUGAUGUUACUCCGACCCCCGGCUCACUAAACAGUGCGCAAGAGGGAGCUGAGUAGGGAGAUGACAGCAGCCCCACUGGACCCAAAGUAAAGCCUAUCCACUCCAGCUCCAAAGGUAGGGAGGCUGGAUGGAUUAAAAUUAAAAAGUUACUUGUGAGUCAUUGUGUCUGUCUGUGAGCGUGUGUGUGUGUGUGUGUGUGUGUGUGUAAAAAAUAAAUUAAAAAAAAAAAAGUGAGUGUGUGUUCCCUCCAAUCACAUGGGAAAGAUGUUUUUACUCCUCGUUUUUCCCACGCCGUGCUGGUGAUGCCGUGGUUGGGCCACCUCCAUGGCUGUGAUAAUCAAUGUUACCCAUAGGAAAAGCAUUGGGAGACUAUUGCGCAUGCACGGCAAAAUGCCACUGCACCAAUUUAACGUCUCAUAGAGCUGCAAUAAAUCAACGUAUCCCUAUAGGGAACAAUGACAAAGGUGCUGCACAGUGUGAAGCAUUGACCCAGAAAGCACCUCUAGAGGCUGUCUGAGUUACUGUCGCUAGAGGUGUCACCAGACAGCAAUGUAAAGAAUGCCUUUUAUCUGAAAAGUCAGUGUUUACAUUGAAAAGCGUUCAGGAACAGGAUAUAGACUUCAGAACAACUAAAUUAAGCUGUAGUGGUUCUGGAAUUUGGAAUUUUCCCGUGCUGUGUAAUUUGACUCAUAACAAUGUGAUUGGUUGCUUUCACUCAACCAAUCAGAGUGUUGCUAUGAGUCAAAUUACAUAGCAUGGGAAAAUUCCAAAGCACUUUCUCACGCUAUGUAAAAUGACUCAGAGCACUCUGGUUGGUUGGAUUUCAAGCCAACCAAUCAGAAUACUGUGACAGGUAAAUGUAGAGACUUACCUGUCAGUCUUUUAACAUAGAAUGUGACGGCAGAUAAGAACCAUUCAGAGCACUCUGGUUGGCUUGGAAUCAACCAAUCAGAGUGCUCUAAGUCUAAUUGCAGGGCGUGGGAAGACUUUAUAAGCCUUUCCCGCCCUGCGCAGCUUAGUCUGCGCCGUGCCCUCCAUGGGUGAUGAUAGAUUAUUUUUUUAGCGUCGGGUUUUUAAUUUUAUUUUCAAAGUUCGAGUAUUAUGGAUUUUUAUUUGGCCUUUUUUGGGGCUGAAAAAAAGACAUCAAAUGGUAAGUUAUUUUUUAUUUACAGGGAUUUAGUUUUAUUGUUCCCCCCUCACUAUUUUUAGGGUGAGGUGGGUAGGUAGGUCUUUAUUAAUUUUUUCUUGGGUGGGGGGGUGAAUAGGGGCUCUGGGGUGGGGGCCGGGGGGAGGACAAUAGGGCCCCCUUAUUGUUAUUUAGGGGCUCUGCAGUGGGGGCCUGAGGGGAGGACAAUAGGUCCUCCCCACAUUUUCAUUUAGGGCCCCCUCCAGCCAGUCAGGGCUCCCCCUAGCAGUUUCUAUCUUUACAUGAUGAUUGUGUUCUUCAGGAUGCCCAGUUGCUAAAAUGUUACUAUGUUCCUUAUAAUAGCACUCAAUUUUGUGGCUGAGGUUGCUGUCAAGUAAAAAAUUAAAUACUAGAUUGCAACUGGAUGAGUGUUUAAUACAGCUCUAUGUACUCCUAGUUUAAGUGUAAGCCACUAGUGGUUCUUAUUUCACUUAUCUCGUGUUUGACACAAUGAAUGUUUUGUUUUCUUCUUUAUAUUAAAGUGAACUAAUAAAGUUUGUCUUUUUACCUCCAAGAAACUGUUUUAAACCUUGAUGGUAAUGUGUUGAGAUUUCUUUUCUCAUUUGUUUGUAGUUACAUAAUUAGGGUUAUCCCCAUUUUGAUUACUAGUUAAACCUUUAGGCUUCUGUAUAUAUUUUUUUUUGUACCCAAUUGCCCUUUUUUUGUAUGUACUUUGAAGUAGGUGCCAUAUUUAGCAGAAAAAAAUUAUUUUAAACAAAACACUUUUGAUGUAAUAAUAAUGUAAUUUUUCUUUAAUCUCUUUACGUCUCUCUAGCAUAUCUGUUAUACUGAAUAUAGUUUACUUUGGCAAUUUAUUAUAUUUUAGUUUGUUGUUUGUGAGCACUGACCCAGAAAAUCUGUGUUUACAUUAGAAUUCCUGCAGGUACAGGCUAUAGACACCAUAACAGCUACAUUAAGCUAGAGUUGUUCUGAUGACUAUAGUGUCCCUUUUAAGGCAAGUUAUAUAAAAAGAUAGAGGGGAUCAUUAAUUAUUUCACUAUGUUUCUUCACUUUGCAGAUAACUGUUGAUUUGCACCUCAACUUGUACCAUAUAGCCCAAAGAACAAACCCCAAAUUUUUCAACUCAACUCAACUGUAUUUUACUUUUUAUUCCAUUGCUCCUGCUCUAAUAAAGACACACUGCGGAUAAAAUAAUUGAAUUUUUAUUUUUCUUUCUUUCCUGGGAAUAGAUUUCACUAGUACGUGGUACUGCAAAAUUAUGUAUGUGUAUACAUGUAUAAUAUUACAGACACAGCACGCCACUUUUCCUGCAAAAUACUCUCUGUUGUCGUCUUUGACGGUAAAUGCAAACCAUAUUUUAAACCUUCUAAAGCAAAGAUGCAGUAGAAAGACUGUUGUUACAACAGCCUUGAAUGAGGAUUUGAGCACUUCUAUGGGUGUGGCUAAAUUAGCCACUAAUUCUUGCACUCCACUUUCCCAUGUGUACUUUUUUGUGUACCUCUCAUACAGCACCUGUAUACAUGGUGUUUUUCAGCACCCUAUCUUUAUAUAUGCAACAUGCUCUUGUACUGAGUACAUUUCUAAUAUCCGCACAAAGAAUCAACAUGAUAAAAAUAAAAAUAAAAAAAAUCAAUUAAAAAAUCAAUUAAAGGACCACUAUAGUGCCAGGAAAACAUACUCGUUUUCCUGGCACUAUAGUGCCCUGAGGGUGCCCCCACCCUCAGGGACCCCCUCCCGCCCGGGAUGGCUUAACCCAUUGAUAAACAUAGCAGUUUCUCUGAAACUGCUAUGUUUAUUAAAAAAUGGGUUAACCCUAGCUGGACCAGGCACCCAGACCACUUCAUUAAGCUGAAGUGGUCUGGGUGCCUAGAGUGGUCCUUUAAUUUAACAAUAAUAAAUCAAAACAUGAACUAUAUUAGAAGUUCAUUAUUUAUUUCAUAAUUAAAUGACUGUGAUCAUCUUUGCAUGCAUUCAGUGGACAAAGAGAAAUAAGACAACAUUGCUCUCUCUCUCUCUUUAAUAAAUAAUGAGGCAAUUAGACUUUGAGCAGUCACGAAUACCUGAGUAUUAAACCUCUUCUUGAUGCUAUGAAGAAGAGUCUAAUCCCAACAUUGAUCUCAUCAUCUUGAUAUUAAGCCAUUGCAUGAGGAUAUAACACACGUGGGAUAUGAAAUAGUUUACUAUAAAAAUGAUAUUUAACCUUGACACCCUAGAUAUUUGUGGACCACGUUUGCUCAGCCAGCAUUAAGCCUUCACAGGAGAAGUGUCUGACAAAAUAUCUGGCACUAGAGGUAUUGUGACAAAUAAUUGCUGCUUAGGUACAGCAACAGGCUGAGGUCUCUAGGUGGCAGCAAAGUGCCCACUAUUGUCCUAUUUGUUGAUGGUAUAAUGACAGUGCUGCAGUCUCUCAGUGCAAUGCUGUUAUUACUGACUCUCAACAGGAAAAGCCUUAUUGAUGGUUUCAGACUGUUCAUAAACUGUAAGAUACUGUUUGUCACUGAAAAUCAUUUGUUUCCUGGACAUUAAUAGCAAUGCACAGAGCAAGCUGGUUAACUUUUAAAGAGAAAUUGGGGGAGAUUCUAAAAAGUGCCCCCUUUUUUUCUUCUUCUUUUUUUUAACUCUAAUCUGUUUGUAUUUAUUAACGUGUUUUAAAGGGUCUAAAAAGUUUCAGCUUUUAACUUUCAGCUUUUCUCUGCCCAUAUUCUGCCAUUUUUGCACAAUAUGGUCAAUUACAGUAAAGACAUCCAAGUUUAGAGAGGUGAAAAAAAAAAAAGUGAAACAGAACACUUUUCUGGCAUUAAGGGUGACGGAAUGAUUGAUAAAUCUGAUGUGUUGCUAAAAAAAAAAAGACCUACAAUAAAAAAAUGACAGGGUGGAAAAGAAGCAACAGUGGUAAAAAACAAACAAAAAAAAAACACCAUUAGAUCUAGAAGUUUGCUCUGAACAAAUGCACAAAAAAGGAGCAAAACUGUCUACAGUACUUAAAGGAUCACUAUAGUGUCAGGAAAACAAAGUGGUUUUCCUGACACUAUAGUGCCCUGAGGGUGGGUAAAAACCCCUUCAGCAGCUUACCUUAUUCCAGCUCCGGGCUCCCUCGACGCUGGUGACCUCUCCCCCCCCCGCCGACGUCAGUGGAGCCGAAUGCGAAUUCAAGCUGUCAAUAGGAAAUCAUUUUUCAAUGCUUUCCUAUGGACGCUCUGCGUGAUGGAGGCAUAAUAUGCCUCCAGCGUCGCAGAUGCGCAUCUAGUGGAUGUCCGCAAGACAGCCACUAGAGGCUGGAUUAACCCUGCAAUGUAAACAUAGCAGUUUCUCUGAAACUGCUAUGUUUGCAUCUGCAGGGUUAAAACCUGAGGGACCUGGCAUCCAGACCACUUCAUUGAGCUGAAGAGGUCUGGGUGACUAUAGUGUCCCUUUAAAUAAACCCCAUAGUAACAGUUGUCACCAAGUUGAACACCAAGAUGGCUCCCUCUUAUAACUUUAUAUAUUGUAUGUCAUUACGCAAAAGGUCAUUUGCCAAGCUAUACAGCUCCCAUGCAGCUUAUAAUAACUUGGAAAGUAGCUUCAUUAAUUCAUGACAUCUAAUUAAAUCUAGUGAUUUCUAACAAUUUGUUCUAUAUUUUCGGCAUGAUGCGGAAGACUAUUACGAUUGAAUAGCAUAAAUUACUGCCUUGUUUUCUGUUAGGCACUUUCUAUAGUAACCGCAGACCUUUUCUCAAAGUGUCUUGGAAAAUAAUUAGAUGUGAAACUUCACAUCUUAGCUUUUGGGUUGAUAAAUAAUCCAACUACAAACUUGCAAUGGAUUCUGCUUUCUUUUCCCAUUUUUCUUUUUCAUUCAUGUUUUCCUUUCUUUCUAUGAUUUUUCUUUUCUUUUUGGGUAAAUGUCUUGUAUAGCGCCGUCAAAGCUCAGUCUGGCUUACUCCAUGAGCACUUCAUGAUGAGCUUAAGUAUCUAGAACUCCUUCUGAUGUAUGUGUGUUUUAAAGGGACACUAUAGUCACCAGAACAUCUACAGCUUAUUGUGUUUGUUCUAGCGAGUAAAAUCAUUCCCUUCAGGCUUUUUGCAGUAAACCUUCUUUUCAGAGAAAAUGCAGUGUUUACAUUACAGCCUAGUGAUAACUCCGCUGGCCACUCCUCAGAUGGCUGCUAGAGCUGCUUCCUAUCCCAGUCUUGCCUUGUAUUAUUAUUUAUUAUUAUUAUUAUUAUUGCCAUUUAUGUAGCGCUUUACAAUAUUUUGAGAGGGGGGAUGUAACAAUAAAUAGGACUAUUACAAGAAAACUUACAGGAACAAUAGGUUGAAGAGGACCCUGCUCAAACAAGCUUACAGACUAUAGGAGGUGGGUAUUCGAAACAUUAGGACAGGAAAUAUCAAGUAGGAGUGAAGCAGAGCUGGAGGAGAGAGCAAAGCACUGUCCCAUAGGAGAGAGCAGGAGACAGGUAUGUGAGGUAGAGAUUACUCUGGGAGGCCAUAAGCUUUCCUGAAGAGAUGGGUUUUAAGGCCCUUCUUAAAUGAUUGAAGACUAGGGGAGAGUCUGAUGGCAGUAGGCAUAGGAGAGGAGCCACCCACGAGAGGUCCUGCAAGCGCGAGUUGGCCAUACGGGUGCGAGCAGCGGUCAGGAGGUGGUCACGGGCAGAGCGGAGGGUACGAGGAGGGACAUAUCUAUGGAUUAGUGAAGAUAUAUAAGAGGGGCUAGAAUUGUUCAGUGCUUUAAAUGUAUGGGUUAGCACUUUGAAUUGACUCAUAUAGCAUACAGGGAGCCAAUGUAAGGACUGGCAGAGGGGUGAGGUGUGAGAGAACCAACUAGAGAGGAAAAUCAGUCUAGCUGCAGCAUUCAUUACAGACUGUAGCGGGGCAAUACGGCUUUUGGGAAGACCAAUCAGGAGAGGGUUACAAUAAUCCAUGCGGGAAAUUACUAGAGCAUGGACAAGCUCCUUGGUAGCAUCUUGUGUAAGAAAGGGGCGGAUGCGGGCUAUGUUUUUGAGUUGGAACCUACAGGACUUGGCAACAAACUGGAUGUGAGACUCAAAGGUGAGACCAGAGUCAAGUAUGAAGCCAAGACAGCGCGCUUGCAGGGAUGGACUUAUGUGGAUAUCACUGACUUGAAGGGAGAGCGAGAGAGGAGGCUCAGUAUUAGGAGGAGGAAAGACAAGGAGUUCAGUUUUAGAGAGGUUAAGUUUCAGAAAGCGUGAGGACAUCCAGUCAGAGAUGGAAGAAAGGCAAGCAUGUAUGCAUCACAACAUAUCAGUAUCUCCUCCCUCUGCAUAUAGACACUGAACUUUCCUCAGAGAUUCAUUGAUUCAAUUCAUCUCUACGAGGAGAUGCUGAUUGGCCAGAGCUGUGUUUGACUUGUGCUGGCUCUGCCCCGAUCUGCCUCCUUCACAGUCUCAGCCAAUCCUAUGGGAAUGCAUUGUGAUUGGCUCAGAACAACACUUCUGAUGUCAGCAGACAGCUUGCUAUUCUGAGGCAGAUAGGGGGCGAGCCAGCAGCUUCAUUCUUGAAUACAAGUAAGAUUUUACUAUAUUUAGGGAGGCAAGAGAGGGCCAGGAGGCUAGAUGGUGGUUUUAACACUAUAGGGUCAGGAAUACAUGUUUGUGUUCCUGACCCUAUAGUGAUCCUUUUAAACUUACUUCUCCUCACUGCACUAAAGAAGGAGUGGUGUGAGGGAAAAAAAAAGACAAAAAACUAAUUAAGACACAGUGUCCCCAUGCCAGUAUCCCUGGUGUCUGUGUCCCCAUGUCUUCCAGUAUCUUGGUGCCCCUAGUGUCUCAGUGUCCCCAUGUCUCCCAGUAUCCCCAUGUCUCUCUGUGUCUUGGUGCCCCUAGUGUCUGUGUUCCCUUGUCUCCUAGUGUCCACAUGUCUCUCUGUGUCCCCUAGUGACAUGGGGACACUGAGAAAUAUGGGGCACUGAGACACUGUGAUACAUAGUGACACUGUGAUACAUAGUCUCAGUGUCCCCCAGUAUUCUCAGUUGUCUGUGUCCCCAUGUCUCACAGUGUCCACUAGUGACAUGGGGACACACACAUGGGGACACACACACGGGGACACUGGGAGACAUGGGGACACUGAGACAUGGGGAAACAGACACAUGGGGACACUGGGAGACAUGUGGACACUAAGUCACUAUGGACACAGUGUCCCCAUGUCUCCCUGCCAGUAUCCCUGGUGUCUGUGUCCCCAUGUCUCCCAGUGUCCCCAUGUCUCUCUGUGUCCCCUAGUGACAUGGGGACACUGAGAAAUAUGGGGACACAGAGAUAUGGGGCACUAAGACACUGGGAUACAUAGUGACACUGUGAUACAUAGUCUCAGGGUCCCCCAGUAUCCUCAGGUGUCUGUGUCCUCAUGUCUCACAGUGUCCCCUAGUGACACGGGGACACUGGGAGACAUGGGGACACAGACACUAGGGGACACUGGGAGACAGGGAGACACUGGGAGCAAUCCAUCUAUACCGCAGAAUCAAACUGUAAGUAGUUUUUUGGUGAUUUUACAGAAUUUUCUCUUAUGUCACUCCUUGUGAUUUACAUAAUCUGAUGUCACACAUACAUAAUUAGUUAUUCAAAUUAAUAAGGUAUUUUUUUCCAAGAAAGGUGGCAACCCUAACUACUCUUCACAUACUCUUGCUUAAGUAUGGAAACUUAAAAGGGAUAUAUGGAAACAAAACUUGUGUGGACUAGCUGAAAUUAAAUUAGUUAAGGCAAUGCUGACUUUGGUCUCUCUCUAACACUGUGGCAUGUUCCCUUUCUUCUACACUCACUACAUCCACCUUUUCUCUGUCUCAGACUGUAUACCAGGAGCUUCUGCCUGCUAGUAAGAAGGAAAGGAGACAAGUGGACAUGUGAGUGCUAGGGGACACUUGUGCCAACAGCAUCAUUAGAUGCAUUUAUGCCAAGCUGAGGAUGCUGUUGGCCAGCAUGCAUGAUUGGCAGGCAGCCUGACAUGCAUUCAUGCCAUGCUAGCCUUCCAAUUCUUUGGGCACACACGCCUCCUUUUUGGGCAUGUUCGUCCCUUUCAGGAGUUCUGGUUACAUGAUCUGCGUCAGUGGACCACCCUUUUACACUGCACAUUGACUUCCUGCUUAACUGGACACUGCUGUUAGGGGGUAUGGAUUUACUUGAAAGAUGAAAGCAUGAAUUAGAGAGCGAUUAGCAUAGUUUAAGAGAAUCUGAGUUUUCUUAUAACUGGUCCUAUGAGUUUCCCUCCGGCAACAUCUCCACCAGAUACAUAACGCUUGAGAGGUAUGACUGUUUGUGUUUUUGGUCUCUAAGAUUCUGUACUUAGGCCCCUCAUAAUUGUCAGCACUAGGCCCACUGGGUUCUUAAUCUGGCCCUGCCUGGAGUGUCCCUUUAAACGAUGCUGGGCGUCCUCUCGCUAUGCAUGAGGCCCUCCAGCGUCGCCAGAAUCUCCAUAGGAAAGCAUUGAAUAAUGCUUUCCUAUGGGGAGGUCUAACAUGCGUGCGUGCGGCCAUUGCAUGCGCAUUAGGCCUCCCCCGCCGGCUGACGUCGGUGGGGGAGGAGCGUGGACAGAGCCUGACCGAGUGCCGAGGGACAUCAGCGCUAGAUUCAGUAAGUCACUAGAUGUUUUUAACCCCUUCAGCAACAUGGGAUGGGGGGUGGGAGUGAGAGGGGCACUGCAGCGUCCUGCAGUGCCUGGAAAACGGAGAGUCCCUUUAACUCCUAAUUGGCAGAGAAUUGUGCAAUGAGACUGCAGGGGCAUGAUCCAUACACCAAAACUGCUUCAUUAAGCUAAAGUUGUUUUCAUGCCUGACACACUGACAUGUAAGCCGUUUUAAACAGUAAUUAUGGGAUAGAACAAGCCUCCACCUAUUUUUUAGAGAAUACAUUAAAGAUAUGAAUUUGACACACACACACAGUUACACUCUGAUGCACAUGCAGAAACAUAGCCACACUAAUACAACACUUACACAUAUGGAGAUACAGAUACACAGAUGAAAACACUGACACAAAUGCAAAUACACACAUGUUGAAACAGUGAUACACAUAGUUUCCCAGAUACACAUAUAGGAAACUGACACAGAUACAGAUACACACACUGACACAUACAGAUUUACAGACACACAGAUAUAAACACUGCCACACAUGCAGACACACAGACAUGCACACACAGAUACAGACACACUGAUAGACUGACACACAUGCAGAUACACAGGAACAGUUAUACAAAUACUGGCACACAUGCAGAUAGACUUACAGAUACAAACAAUGACGCACAUAGAACAAUUGCACAGACACUGUACAUCUGUAUGUGUCAGUGUGUGUAUCAUUGUGUCUGUGCAAUUGUUCUAUGUGCGUCAUUGUUUGUAUCUUUGUGUCUGUACAUCUGCAUGUGUGGCAGUGUUUGUACAUAUGUAUGUGUGUCAGUGUAUGUAUCAGACACACAGGUACAAACACUGCCACACAUUCAGUGUGUGUAUCAGACACACAAGUACAAACACUGCCACACAUUCAGAUGUACAGACAUAGAGAUACGAACACUGAAAGAGAUACACUGACACACUUGCAGAUACACAAACACAAUGGUACAAACACUGCCACACAUGUACAGACGCAAGCACAGAUACACCUAGAUACACAAACACACAGAUCCCAACACUGACAUGCAUAUACACAGACAUACAGAAGCAAACACUGGCACACACAUCUAGAUACAGAGAUACACACAUGCAGAUACACAGACACAGAUACGAACACUGCAACACAUGCAGUUGUACAGACACACUUCUCUUUGGUGUAUCUCUGCUAUACGUUAGGAGUGUAGACACAAUAGUAAAAAAAAAAACACAUUUAUGAACUCUUCUUUUUAGGCAUAUUAUGAAUAAAUGUGCAUACAGUAGAGGAAUAUGCUGAAUAUUUUUAGCUUGUAACCCAGCUUUAUAGAGAAGAAUGGUCUGGGGAAAUAAUUCUUGCCUUUGGAAUCCAGUCAUUGAAUAGUGGCAUGUCUCUCUUUUGUUUAUGAGCACAGAUUACUAUAGUUGCCCUUGUGACCUCCUUGUAGACCUCCCUAUUCAGUAGUAAGUCAUUAGCAGAGCUGGCCUCUUUUCUCUAGAUUUUCUAAAUAAAAAUGACUCGCUAUACAGAGGGAUGCUGUGUUUCACAAAUCUACAGGCAGAAUAAGAAGCUGUCACAAAACAUUGAAAAUAAUACAAUAUUAUUAGUAUUUAGACAUGGAAAGUGUAACUCGAAUCUCCUAGACAAGCAAGAUGGCUCUUAAUUAGUACAAUAUAAAUGUUGAAUGCUUAUGAGAGUAAUUCCAGUUUUAUUAGAUUAAUUUUAUGAACACAAUUAUGAUGCUACUGCUUGAUAUGCAUGCAUGUUGUUUUUUAAAAAUGCAUUACUUGGUUUAGCUAUUAUUCUUUUAUUAGUGUAUUUAUAAAAAAUUUGGGAUGCUGUAAUGUGGAGACUCUGAAGCCUGCAAAGGUUUAAAUGGGUAACACAAACGGUAGAUAGAAGGUCUAAUUUUUUUUGCAUGUAUCAAGAAAAACAUGUAAAGAAAAACUUACAAAGUAGAAGAAUAUAAUACAAAAAAAGUUUAUAUAUGGGGGCAGAGCCUUACUGCCAUGCUGAAAGGCUGCAUGAGACAGCAGCUCCAACAAUCUUUCUUUUUUUUGUAAAUAUAUAUUUUUUUUAUUUGCAUGUUUCGUGCACACAUAGAGAAAGGCAAAACAUUGAGACUCGCAGGUCUCCGUUAUUAUCAUGCAGUGUGCGUAUAGAGAAAAUGACGACACAUUAAGACUCGCAGGUCUCCUGUAAUUUAACCAUGAAUAUUAAACUGUAAAAAAUGACAAACAUGUUAACUGGUCCAUUUCUGUGUCAUGCUCUUCAACAUUUACACUCAUUCUAAUAUAGUUUUAUACAGUUGCAUGUUCUAUUGGGCUCGUAGGCCCGCGAUUACGUCAGUCCCACAGGUCCCUUGUGGGUAUUGCGUGUGUAUGUCUCCGUUACUUGUGCCUGUCUGUGAGAAUGUCGCGUGACAGCCCGGGUCCUAUGGUCUACCUCUCUCAUCCCCUCCCCUCUUUGGGGUGCCCUGUUUAGUUGAGGCGGUCUCCUCGUCUAUGUGUCAGGGCCUCCCUUGUCAUUUUUGGUGUUUUUCGGGCCUUCUAGUGUUGGUUAGCCCUUGGUGCCAGAGGUAGACCCGCACCUGUGUGGCUGUCUUCCCCGCUCCUCUCUGGGUUUGUGGCCUCCUGUAGCUAACUGUGUGGUGGUAGUUAUGUCAUGUUGGUAAAUUCGGGAUCUGUUGUCUUCAGGAUCCAAUGUGUCCAAGUGUUGAGGUACACUUGGAAUGUAUCGUGAGCUUUGUGGUGAAGUUCCUCUAGGGAUCUCAAUUCUUCCAUUUGUGUAAACCAAACUCUCAAAGGGGGGAUGACCUGUUUUUUCCAAUACUGUGGUAUGAUCAAUUUGGCCGUGUUCAGUAUGCGAAUUGUGAGUGAUCUCUUAUACGCCGUUCGUGGGGUUUUAGUGUGGUGUAAGAGCAUGACUGCUGGGUUGAAUGGGACUGGGUCGUCUGUAAACUUUGCCAAUACAGGGAGUGCAGAAUUAUUAGGCAAGUUGUAUUUUUGAGGAUUAAUUUUAUUAUUGAACAACAACCAUGUUCUCAAUGAACCCAAAAAACUCAUUAAUAUCAAAGCUGAAUAUUUUUGGAAGUAGUUUUUAGUUUGUUUUUAGUUAUAGCUAUGUUAGGGGGAUAUCUGUGUGUGCAGGUGACUAUUACUGUGCAUAAUUAUUAGGCAACUUAACAAAAAACAAAUAUAUACCCAUUUCAAUUAUUUAUUAUUACCAGUGAAACCAAUAUAACAUCUCAACAUUCACAAAUAUACAUUUCUGACAUUCAAAAACAAAACAAAAACAAAUCAGUGACCAAUAUAGCCACCUUUCUUUGCAAGGACACUCAAAAGCCUGCCAUCCAUGGAUUCUGUCAGUGUUUUGAUCUGUUCACCAUCAACAUUGCGUGCAGCAGCAACCACAGCCUCCCAGACACUGUUCAGAGAGGUGUACUGUUUUCCCUCCUUGUAAAUCUCACAUUUGAUGAUGGACCACAGGUUCUCAAUGGGGUUCAGAUCAGGUGAACAAGGAGGCCAUGUCAUUAGAUUUUCUUCUUUUAUACCCUUUCUUGCCAGCCACGCUGUGGAGUACUUGGACGCGUGUGAUGGAGCAUUGUCCUGCAUGAAAAUCAUGUUUUUCUUGAAGGAUGCAGACUUCUUCCUGUACCACUGCUUGAAGAAGGUGUCUUCCAGGAACUGGCAGUAGGACUGGGAGUUGAGCUUGACUCCAUCCUCAACCCGAAAAGGCCCCACAAGCUCAUCUUUGAUGAUACCAGCCCAAACCAGUACUCCACCUCCACCUUGCUGGCGUCUGAGUCGGACUGGAGCUCUCUGCCCUUUACCAAUCCAGCCACGGGCCCAUCCAUCUGGCCCAUCAAGACUCACUCUCAUUUCAUCAGUCCAUAAAACCUUAGAAAAAUCAGUCUUGAGAUAUUUCUUGGCCCAGUCUUGACGUUUCAGCUUGUGUGUCUUGUUCAGUGGUGGUCGUCUUUCAGCCUUUCUUACCUUGGCCAUGUCUCUGAGUAUUGCACACCUUGUGCUUUUGGGCACUCCAGUGAUGUUGCAGCUCUGAAAUAUGGCCAAACUGGUGGCAAGUGGCAUCGUGGCAGCUGCACGCUUGACUUUUCUCAGUUCAUGGGCAGUUAUUUUGCGCCUUGGUUUUUCCACACGCUUCUUGCGACCCUGUUGACUAUUUUGAAUGAAACGCUUGAUUGUUCGAUGAUCACGCUUCAGAAGCUUUGCAAUUUUAAGAGUGCUGCAUCCCUCUGCAAGAUAUCUCACUAUUUUUGACUUUUCUGAGCCUGUCAAGUCCUUCUUUUGACCCAUUUUGCCAAAGGAAAGGAAGUUGCCUAAUAAUUAUGCACACCUGAUAUAGGGUGUUGAUGUCAUUAGACCACACCCCUUCUCAUUACAGAGAUGCACAUCACCUAAUAUGCUUAAUUGGUAGUAGGCUUUCGAGCCUAUACAGCUUGGAGUAAGACAACAUGCAUAAAGAGGAUGAUGUGGUCAAAAUACUCAUUUGCCUAAUAAUUCUGCACUCCCUGUAUUUUGUGAAUCUCUGACCAGAAUGGGGCUAUCUGUUUGCACUCCCACCAAAUGUGUAAGAGUGUGCCUCUGUCCUCCCCGCAUCUCCAACACUGUGGGGGGUGGGAUGGGAUUCGGGCAUGUAGUGACUCAGGAAUGUGGUACCAGUGUGUCAGUAGUUUAUAUGCCGUUUCCUGUGUCCUGCUGUAGCUAGAGCAGUGAUGCGUUAGGUAGCAGAUUUUCUCCCAUUCCACCUUGUCAAAGGUCUGGCCCAGUGCCGACUCCCACUUCCCCAUGAACCUUGGUUGGGCAAUUGGUGUUAGUGUUAUUAGUAGGGUGUAUAGUGCCGAUACCCCGUGUGCUAGUGGAUUGGGUUCCAAGCAUAGAUUCUCGAAAGGAGUGGUGGCCCUAUGUAGUGCCGGUCCCUGCGGGAGGGAUGUAAUGUAACUGCGGAUCUGUUUGUAUUUAAGGUGCAUCAGGAAAGUGUGUUCUUCGUUCCCCCUUAGGUCCUUGAGUGUCUUUAUUCUGUCAGUGGUUUGUAUGUGUCUGAGUCUGGGUAGUGGGUCCUGUAUUAGGUCUUUGAACGCGUUCGGGUCCAUCCCCGGCAUGAACUCAGGGUUGUGUGUCAGGGGUAUUAAUGGUGUCGGGUAUGAUGUUAGGCCGUGUCUCCCUUUGGAGCGGUGCCAUUCCCUCAAGGUUGCUCUCGUGUAGGGGGACGGAGUCUCUUCCCCCGUCUGGGCCCCGGGUUGCAGCCACGGUAGGACUUCAACCGGGACGCCCGCCUCGUGUUCCUCUACCUGCUUCCACUGUUUUUGUGUUCCCGUUUUGGUCCAUUCCAUGAUUCUCAUGAGAUGGCAUGCCCUAUAGUAUAGGUUGAAGUCUGGCAAUGCCAGUCCCCCCCUGUCUUUUGGUUGUGUGAGUAGUGUGUGGCGCAGCCUGGGCUGUUUCCCGUUCCAGACAUAUUUGAUGAGGGCUGAGCGUAAUGUGGUGAAGUACGCUCUGGGGACAGUUAUGGGUAUGGUUUGGAAUAAGUAGAGAAGGCGCGGUAGGAAGUUCAUCUUCACUACUUGUAUCCUGCCUAACCAGGAAAUAUGUGGGUAUGCCCACUCCUGCAUCUCCAAGCGCAUCUUCUCAUGCAUUACUGUGAAGUUUUCUUUAUAAAGAUCCCCUUCUCGUUUUGUUAGCCAGAUGCCUAGAUAUUUAAUUUUAUGUGUUGCCCAUUGGAAGGAGUAGUGUUGGCGUAGGGGUUCCGCCCUGCGUUCUGGGAUGUUAAUGUUAAGUAUAAAUGAUUUGGAGAGUCUACCGAAGUCCUGGAAUGCCUUCAGUAUAUUGGGGAGAGAGAUUUCUGGGUUGGUUACGUAGAACAACAAGUCAUCAGCAUAUGCUGCUGUUUUGUGGUGUGUCGUCCCCGUCUGCAACCCCGUGAUGUCCGGGUUGUUCCUAAUGGCCACCAGCAGGGGCUCCAGAGCUAGGACGAAGAGGAUCGGGGACAACAAUCUUUCAACUUUUCAAAUAUAUUCCUGUGAGUGCAAUUUAGCCACCAGCGCUAGAUUUGAUUUUAAAAUACUACAGUAGAAGAAAACACUGACAUUUUAGCCUUUUCGAUGUUGAAAAACUGAAAUGGGCAAGCCCUAUAUUUGACGCUGUAACUUUCCAAAAGUCAAUGAAACCUGUACAUGUGGGGCAUCAUUGUAUCAGUGGGACAUCACGGCAUGCAAAUAUGUGUAUUUUAUUACAGUAAAAGCUAACAGUAUUACAACAUUCACAGUUAAAAGGACACUAUAGUCACCAGAACAUCUACAGCUUGCUGUGUUUGUUCUGGUGAGUAAAAUAAUUCCCUUUAGGCUUUUUGCAGUAAACACUGUCUUUUCAGAGAAUAUACAGUGUUUACAUUAAAGCCUAGGGAAACUUCCACUGGCCACUCCUCAGAUGGCUACUAGAGCUGCUUCCUGGCACACUGACAUUCAGUGUCUCCACCCUCUGCAUGGAAACACUAAACUUUCCUCAGAGAUUUAUUGAUUCCGUUUAUCUCUAUGAGGAGAUGCUGAUUGGCCAGAGCUGUGUUUGGCUUGUGCUGCCUCUGCCCAUGAUCUGCCUCCUUAACAGGCUUAGCCAAUCCUAUGGGGAAGCAUUGUGAUUGGCUUUUGAUCAACACUUCUAAUGAUAGCAGGCAGCUCAGGGCCAAAGCCAGCAGCAGAAGACUGGAAUAAAUGUAAGAUUUUGCUAUAUUUAGAGGGGCAAGGAGGGAAUAGAUGGUGGUUUUAACACCAUAGGGUCAGGAAUACAUGUUUGUGUUCCUGACUCUCUAGUGUUCCUUUAUGCCAUGCAGACCUUGGAAAAUAACAAAAUAUCUUAAUAUCCCACACUUUUUAGAUUUUAUCUAAAAUAAAUUAUGUUUCAUAUAUAAAUAUUUAUUGUGAAAUAAAAGCCCUAUUUCUCCUGAACAAAAUAAUAAUAUAUGAUUUGUGUGGGUGCACUUAAUAUGAACUCUGUAAAUCAUGGUUGAACAGAUAUAUAGCAAAAUUUUUAGGUUUUGUUUUGCUUCAGAACUUGUUCAAUUGCCUUAGUCCUUAAGGGUUUAAAUGAUUGUGACUUUUUUAUUUUUUAUUAUUUAUUGAUAUUCAUAGUGAAGUUUUUGAUCAUUCCUGAGUAGUGAUGUCCCGAACGGUUCGCCGCAGACUCAUCAUUGAGUAAACUUUGACCUUGUACCUCACAGUCAGCAGACACAUUCCAGCCAAUCAGCAGCAGACCCUCCCUCCCAGAUCCUCCCACCUCUGGACAGCAUCCAUUUUACAUUCAUUGUGAAGCUGCAUUCUUAGUGAGCUGUCCAGGAAGUGGGAGGGUCUGCUGCUGAUUGGCUGGAAUGUGUCUGCUGACUGUGAGGUACAGGGUCAAAGUUUACUCAAUGAUGAGUCCGCGGCGAACCGUUCGGGACAUCACUAUUCCUGAGUAUUAUAGAUGGCCCAUGAACACUUUACAAAGGCGUACCUAAAAGUAGGAAUCGACCGAUUAUCCUUCUGGCCGAUAUUCUGUAUUUUCGGCAAUAUCGGUAUCUGCCUAUAGAAAAUCCGAUAUUGCCGAUAAUACAUACCAGGACCACCGGGCCCAUGACAAGCCCGGCAGUCCUGGGGUGCCCAACAAGUGCUUACUUGCCUUCCCACCAGCUUCCUUCAACUCCCCUGUCUAAAUCUCGUGAGUCCCACGGCUGGCAGAGCGCUGCCACGGGUUACCAUGGCAACGCUCCGCGGGGCACGCUGGCCACAAGAGUUAGACAGGGGAGCUGAAGGGAGCUGCUGGGAAGGUAAGUAAGCGCUUGGUGGGCCCCCUCAGGGAAUGCCAUAUCUCCCCUCCCUGGCAAGUAAGAAGCAAGGAGGGGGGACAAAAAAAAAAAAAAAAUUACAUUAAAAAUUCCUCCCCUCUCCCCCCCAUUUUACACAAAUUACAUACCUACAGAAACACACACACACACUACACAAAUACACUGCAUUCACUAUACACACACUACACAAACACACACACACUACAUUCAUUAUAUACACACACACUACACAAACACACUGCAUUCACUAUACACAUACUACACAAACACACACACACUCUGCAUUUGUUAUAUACACACACUACACAAACACACACUACACAAAUACACUGCAUUCACUAUACACACACUACACACACACACACCCUGCAUUCAUUAUAUAUACACACACUGCAUUCACUAUAAACACACUACCCACACACACACCCUGCAUUUAUUAUAUACACAUACUGCAUUCAAUCUACACACACUACACAAACACACACUCUGCAUGCAUUAUAUACACACACACUGCAUUCACUAUACACACGCUACACACACUGCAUUCAAUUUACGCACGCUACACACACUGCAUUCAAUUUACGCACACACUACACACACUGCAUUCACUUUACGCACAAUACACACACUGCAUUCACUUUACGCACACUACACACACACACUGCAUUCACUAUACGCACACACACCACACACUACAUUCACUAUACACACACUACACUAACACACACACACUGCAUUUACUAGAUAUACACACUACACAAACUCUCACUGCAUUCACUAUACACACUACACACACACUCUGAAUUCAUUAUAUACACACUACACAAACACACACAGCCCCCUGUCUAAACACACUGCAUCCACUUCAUGUGGAAUGUAUAUUUUGUGUAUCUACCUUUAGAAAUAUUUUUUUUUUUUUCAAAAUGGUAAAUGUACAGAAUAUCGUUACGUUAUCGGCUAUCUGCCAGAAAAUUCACAGAUUAUCGGUAUCGGCUCUAAAAAAUCAAUAUUGGUUGAUCCCUACCUAAAAGUAGAGUACUUAAAAUCGGUAGUAGCAAGUGAGAAAGAUACAGUGGUAUUGAGUAAGAUACAGAGGUGUAUCUAGGUUAGUUGGUACCUCUCUCUCCAUUCCUAUAUUGUACUUUUAUUUUGAUUUUGAUGUCUGUUCUCCUCCAUUGUGUUUUUCUUAUUCCCCUUUUAAUUUCAAAUUUUUUGUUUUUUUUGUGGCAAAUGGUGGCAGUACCUGGGGGUUGUGCCUCCUUAAUUAGGACAAGCAUCUACAAUAUAGGAGUUAAUUAAAAGUCCCUCCCCUUUAUCCCAUAAAGGGCUUCCCCCGGCAAACCCACCCAAGUUCUUCCUUGGCCCAAGUUGAUCAAGCUUCAACUUGAGGUGAGGCACACUGGUUGAUGUCUGGGGGAGGAAGCCCGAUAGCCACCUGGGUGGUAGGCUGAGCGGCAUGACUCUGUCCAUGGAGGUCCCGGAGCCCUUUCAGGUAUUUAUGUUGCACCAAGUAUGUUCCUGCUUUGUGAAUAGGGGUAGGCCAGGGGACACCUUCAUGAAGUUACAGGCGGUGGAACACACGCCCGGUGGUGUUGUGUUCCACUGAAGUUCCGGGUAUGCCACUGCACGCGUGUACCGUAACUUCCGGGCAUAUAAAUACUGUGCUGUUUACCUCUGGCAGCUGGAUGCUGGUCAGAAAGGAUUCUCCAUGUCACCAGCCCCCCACAGGGCUCAGAGGUUUUUGAGGUAAGAUUAAAAAAUCUUUGCUUUCUGUUAAACGGUUUAGGGUGUUAAAGGUAUAUUUCUGUUAUGUUUCAGAUAUGUCUAGCCCUCAGCAAAUAGAUAAAGUCAUGCCUCCUUCUGCAACUAGGAAGGCCUCAUCCAUAGCCAAACAUUUAAUUUGCAAUGAUUUUCCACCCCCCUACCGGAUGGCACUAGGAAUAAAGUGUGUAGUCAAUGGGCAGAAAUGUCUUUGGAAAAAUCAAACAAAAACCAAAUGCAAUAGUUCCUGUCUCAGACUUUGGAUUCUUUUAAAGAGUCACAUAAGGUUUCUGCUGCGGUGCCUGAGGAGGUCCUUAGAGGCAGGAAAAGAAGGAAGUCUUCUUCUAAUUCUGACAUAAUCUUCAGGCUAAUGUUCGUCUACUGCUGACUCAGAGGUUUCUAGUUCAUCAUAUUGUGUGGAGUCUGGGUUCCCACCUGAUGAACUAAGGAAAUUCACUAAGGAAGUGAAUCAGAGUUUGUUGCUGGAAGAUACUGCUAAGGGUAGGAGGUUUCCCUGUGCCUCAAGCCCUUGUUGACCUUAUUUAUUUUCCAGGGAAAACCUGGAAAAGCAAGCCUUUAUCUCCCGGUAUUUUAAAGAAUUGUUCAAGAUUACGGAUGAUGCUAAAUGGAACGAAUUGCCUAAAGUGGAUAUCGAAGUGGCUCAGCUUUCUAAAAAGACCACUAUUCUGAAGGAGAAGUAGCGGCUUUAAAUAAUACUAUGGACAAGAGGGGCAAGACCAUUUGCAGGCGUGCUUUCUAGUCGGCAGGUUUCCAGUGUAAAGCUUUGCUGUCUGGGGCAGCAGUAUUCGGAGCUAGUAACUUGUGGUCGCAAUUUUUGGAGGAGAUGAUGUUGGACUCUCCAGACAAGUAACUGGUUAGGUUGCUACAAAAUUUGAAAUUGUCUAAUACAUUUAUGGAUAAGACGAAUGAAGUGCUCAAGUUGGCUUCCAGAAUCCAUGGGCUUAUCUUCAGUUGCCCGUAGAGCCUUGUGACUUGUGACAAAAUUGGUCCUCUGGGAACUCCCAUUGGAAAAACAAAAGCUGUUCGGGUCUCCUUUAGAGGAGCUCAUUAAACAGAUGUCUGAGAUGAAAAAUCCCUUCCUCAAGACAAGACAUUUUCUUGGAAGCCUGGUUAUAAAAAUGUCCAGUAUAGGUAUAGAAGAACCUACUAGGAUAGGCCUCCUUAUUUUUAAAAAAGAGAAAAAAAAUCUGAGGUUUGAGGAGAAAAAAGGGGAUAGAUCUGACAAGGGUAGGCGUUUCUGAUGCCAAGAGAGUAGGAGGCAGAAUCCAGCGUUUCUUCAAAAGAUGGGAAAAAACUACAAGCAAUUCAUAGAUUCUAUAUCUGUUGAAAAGAGGGUACCGAUUGCACUUUCCAAACCUGCCCAAACCAAAACUUUUAUCCAUCCUCCCGAAAAUCAGAAGCUCUGUUUGCAGAAACGGUUCUGCUAUUAAAAAAAAGGGGUCAUAGAAAAGGAUUUGGUGACCCAGGAAUUCCAAGGAAUCCACUCAAGACUCUUCCUAAUCUCGAAACCAGACCAUUCCUUUUGGCUGAUCCUAGAUUAAAAAAUGUGAACGAGUUUCUUCCUUACCAAAGGUUUAGAAUGGAAACGAUUACUUCCGUAACUCAGAUUCUUCCGAAAGGGGAUUUUAUGGGGAAGCUGGAUCUCAGGGAUGCUUACCUUCAUAUCCCUAUGGCAGUUACCUCAAGAAGAUUCCUGAGAUUCACCAUAAAAAGGGGAAAAGAGAUUUUACAUUUCCAGUUCAAAGCCUAUAACCGCUUAUCUAAGGGAGUUGGGUGUCUCAUUCCCUACUUGGAUGAUUGGCUGCUUAUUGCAAAUUCCAAAAGUUUGCUGUUGGAAAAGGUUCGGUUCACAAUCCAAGUGCUUCAGGAACACGGUUGGAUGCUGAACUUAAAGAAGUCAAUUCUACUUCCUUUAAAAAAAAUAAAUAAAAUAGAAUUCAUGGCAUUCAAAAUAUGCUCAAGAACGUUAUCUCUACAUCUGACUACAGACAAAAGAAAGACAAUCCGGAAAAAAGUGUCAGAUUUACAGAAAAGAGAUUAUUACUCUAUAAGACAGGCAAUGAGUGUGAGAAAUAAAGCCUCUUCAGUAGGAAAUCCUCUCUUCUUGGUCAAAAAGAGAGGGAGACUUAGAUUUGUAUCUCCAGAUAUCUCCUCAGGUAAAAGCUCAGUUAAACUGGUGGAAAACUUCAAGUUUCCUUCAGACCGAAAGAAUGCGUGGUCGUCACUACAUAUGUGUCAAACUCAGGCUGGGGCGCUCAUCUAAAUUCGUUAAUGUGCCAAGGUACUUGGUCCACAGAAGACAAAAACAGGUCAACAAAUUACAGAGAAUUGAAUUUCAGUUCUUUACGUCCUUCACCAAUUCAGAUCUUGGAUAGAAAAGAGGCCCGUAAGAAUACAGUCAGACAACAACACAGUGGUCUCUUACAUCAACAGACAACGUGGCACCAGAGUGGAAAGUCUGUUUUGGCUAUGUGCCGACAUUAUCUGCUGGGCUCAGGUUCACUAAGAAGACAUCUCUGUGGUCCCCCAGCAGACAGAAAUGGGAUCAGAAAGAGUGGUCUCUAAACCCAAGGAUAUUCGACGUUCUAAUAAAGAGAUUUGGAAUGCCCGUUGUAGACCUUAUGGCAAAAAGAGAGAACACCAAAAUUCAAAAAAUUUUCCCUGUUCAGGACAGAUCAUCCUCAAUGGAUAGAUGGUCUAUCACACUUUGAAAGUCCAACUAGGUGCCUUGAGUUUUUUUCUAGUGAAGGAUUUAGAGUUGCAUGUUCUAAUUAGGAGAUUCUUCAAAGCAGUAAGGCUUCUUAGACCACCUAGGAAGUUAUAUAUUCCCUCCUGGGAUCUUUCUUCAGUCCUGCAAGCACUCUGUGAACCUCCUUUUGAACCUUUGGAGAAGGUCCCAUUGAAGACUCUUAACACUCAUGACGGCCUUCUUGGUGGCCAUCACCUCUGCAAAAAGAGUAGGUGAACUUCAGGCUCUUUCUUCAUUGGACAAAUUCAUUAUAUUCCACCAAGAUAAGGUAUUCCAUCCUAAUCCUUCAUUCCUUUCGAAGGUUAUCGCUUCUAGAGCUGUUAAUCAGUCCAUCGUUUUACCUUCCUUCUGCAGUAAUGCCACCUCGUCGCAGGAACUAAAAUAGAGCUGUACAGAUCUGCCCAAUAUAGAAAAUCUAAUCACCUGUUUGUCAAUUUCCAAGGGAAGUUUAAAGGCGGCUUCUUAGUCAUCAUGCAACACCUUCAUCAGGCAUUACAGGCUAGAUGUAUUCUCAUCCUCUGAAGCUGCAUUUGGGCGUAAGGUGCUUCAAGCAGUUGUGGUGUAAUUCCCACCCAAUGGGAAUCUUGCUAUUUCCCACAGGUACUGCACCAUAUGCCAGAAAAAAAAUGAAAUUUUUACUUACCGUAAAUUCUUUUUUUCUUAAUAUGGUGGCAGUACAAUACUCCCUCCCUCUGAAUUAAAAAAAUUACUUGUAUUUGACAUGUGUGGUGUGUUGUUUCUUGCUACGACUGAGGUGGGUUUGCCGGGGGAAGCCCUUUAUGGGAUAGAGGGGAGGGACUUUGAAUUAACUUCUAUCUUUUGAAUUAAGGAGGCACAACCCACAGGUACUGCCACCAUAUUAAGAAAACAAGAAUUUACGGUAAGUAAAAAUUGAGGUUUUUUUUUCUACCUUUCUCACAUAACCUGCGAGAGGGAACCUGACUUACAGAUUGAAGAACAACAUCUGGGGAUGGUGUUUUAUCCGUUGGUGGAUUCAGAAUUUUGUUUCAUGGAAAGACUGAGUCUUAUUUUUUAUGCAAUGAAAGACUGAGCAUGGCUUGAAAUAGGAUAUGGGUAUGAGAAUCAGUUAUCUUUUUGUAUAGUAUAAUAUUUAUGUAUUUAUAUGUGUAUAUAUAUAUAUGUGUGUGUGUAUAUGUGUGUGUGUAUAUAUAUAUAUAUAUAUAAAACACAAAACACAAGAUCCAGCGCACUCACCUAUCCACUAAACGGCAACUUCAAUGUUGAAAGAUUUUAUUCGUUUUUUAAAAACACCUAAUCUAGGCAAAAAUAAUGGGGGUUUAGUUACAUUAUAUGAUCAUACAUUGCAUAAGCCUGCCACAACGUCAAUGUACCCCAUCUUUGGCAGGUCCUACACUAACAGCCUAAUGUCUGCUCCUAUGAGAUUAACCACUUACUUGAGGAAAAAAUUCCAUCUGGGGCUCUCUGCAGUACAAGGCUAAAUAGGGCCCUGGGAUGAGGCACCUGUGACAGGGAGGGGUGCAAAACCAAGGAGUUGGCUAGACUCCCAAAUAUAUAAAUAUGAAACAAGGGGGGGUUGGCUGCACUCACCUGAACAUGCAUAAAUGGAGGUGCUGCUGGGGGCCAAAUAAUACAAAACACAAGAUCCAGCACACUCACCUAUCCACUAAACAGCAACUUCAAUGUUGAAAGAUUUUAUUCGUUUUUUAAAAACACCUAAUCUAGGCAAAAAUAAUGGGGGUUUAGUUACAUUAUAUGAUCAUACAUUGCAUAAGCCUGCCACAACGUCAAUGUACCCCAUCUUUGGCAGGUCAUACACUAACAGCCUAAUGUCUGCUCUUAUGAGAUUAACCACUUACUUGAGGAAAAAAAUUCCAUCUGGGGCUCUCUGCAGUACAGUAUUUUUGCCUAGAUUAGGUAUUUUUAAAAAAAACGAAUAAAAUCCUUCAACAUUGAAGUUGCUGUUUAGUGGAUAGGUGAGUGCGCUGGAUCUUGUGUUUUGUAUUAUUUGGCCCCCAGCAGCACCCCCAUUUAUGCAUGUUCAGGUGAGUGCAGCCAACCCCCCCCUUGUUUCAUAUUUAUAUAUUUGGGAGUCUAGCCAACUCCUUGGUUUUGCACCCCUCCCUGUCACAGGUGCCUCAUCCCAGGGCCCUAUUUAGCCUUGUACUGCAGAGAGCCCCAGAUGGAAUUUUUUUCCUCAAGUAAGUGGUUAAUUUCAUAAGAGCAGACAUUAGGCUGUUAGUGUAGGACCUGCCAAAGAUGGGGUACAUUGACGUUGUGGCAGGCUUAUGCAAUGUAUGAUCAUAUAAUGUAACUAAACCCCCAUUAUUUUUGCCUAGAUUAGGUGUUUUUAAAAAAACUAAUAAAAAUCUUUCAACAUUGAAGUUGCUGUUUAGUGGAUAGGUGAGUGCGCUGGAUCUUGUGUUUUGUAUUAUUUGGCCCCAGCAGCACCCCCAUUUAUGCAUGUUCAGGUGAGUGCAGCCAACCCCUUUUUUUAUAUAUAUAUAUAUAUAUAUAUAUAUAUAUAUAUAUAUAUAUAUAUAUAUUUUAAAAAAAAAGUUUUAUGGUGAUUGAUUCCCAAUAGCUAUUUAUCUAAGCUUGGUAUUAUCCUUUACACUUCUAUAAAUGCAGCAGAUAGCAGAGUUUCUCUAUUGUCAAACACAUCUUGUUACUCUAAUGCCAUUUUAUUGCAGCAUUCCUUUGGCUAAUGUACUGUGAAAGUCUCAGAAAGAUUAUUAGCCAGUUCCGAUAAAGCUUAUCUAAGCAGAUAUUACAUUAUAUUAUGUUUUAAUAUCUCUGUUGCCCUAACCACCUUUUAUUAAUAUUUACUUUCAAAACAUUCAUAGAACACUGCACAGCUUUAAGCACAAUGUUGAUAUUGUUUUUGGAACUAUAAUCUUCUGUUAUGCCUGGGGAAAAAAAUCUAAAAAUGUUAAACAUUAUAUUACUAAAUAAAAGCAAUAAUCUCAUUCGUGUCUUUCUGUGUGUUUCAGAAGUCCUCUAUAAACAAGGCUGAUUUAUUUGGCAGAAUCCAAGUACUCACCUGGAGAAGGUUCUAUGGGUUAUAUGGAUGAACAUUUGAAUCGACUAUGAGCUUCUAGUAGUGUAAAACUGGACGAUAACAUGGAAGCAUUUGAAGUGGAUGACAUCAGUCCGGCUUUGGAAGUCACAGAAGACUUUUUUAGCUCUUUUGAAAAGCUAGAACAUGUUGGCCAUCAGGGUGAAGUCUUUGGAAUUCAUGAAGUCCCAGAGCUCUUGGGAAAUGAGAUAUCCAAUAAAAUUAUACAAGCUGAUGGUCAAAAUGCCAAUACUUCGCAGAGUAGCAUUAUUUGGGAGAGGUGUAAAAGUAGUCUCUUUGAUGCCAAAGCAAAGAAUGGGAUCCAUGCCAAAGAACUUUAUUCGUCAAAUAGAAGAGUAUUUCCUGAUAGCCCCCUGAAUGGUGAAGGGGAUAAAGACACAUCUGCUUUUAACUUCUUUAGUGCAUGUCGUAGACGUGAUAGACCUCGUUCCAUUAAUGAUACACUUGCUUGGGUUGAAGAAGCACCUAAAUUUAAGCGAGGUCACAACAGAUCAAGAUCUGAUAUUAGCCAUCUAGACUGGACAAAUGUUCGCAAGCCAGCCCCUUUACAGAGGUCUUCAAGCCAGGGAGUGCAUUACACGAAGCAAGACAUUGAAGGAAAUACUGGUAUGUGAAGAUUUCUUACUUCAAAUGUAUUUGAAAUAGCAGGGUAUAUGUUAUUUUCUUGAAUAGUGCCCCAUUUCAAUUUUUUUGUCCAAAAUCAAAGAAACA